AUGGUCCGGGCACUUCAUCCUUGGGCAGUAGCUCUAACGAGCAUUGCAGCUGGAGUCAUGGCGGAGACAUACGACUACAUCAUUGUUGGCGGAGGUACUGCUGGUCUCACUGUCGCCGCGCGGCUGACCGAGAAUCCGGCCGUUAACGUACUUGUCCUUGAGGCCGGAGGCGAUCAUACGGAGGACUUGAAUGUCCUCGCGCCGGGCCUCUUUCCCGCCAUGUACGGCAACCCAACCUAUGACUGGGACUAUAAGACCGUCCCUCAGCCUGCCGCUAAUAACAAAGUCGUCGCCCACAUUCGUGGCAAACAACUCGGCGGCUCCAGUGCGAUGAACUUUAUGUUCUGGACGCACCCGUCACAGCAAGAUAUCAACAACUGGGGCGAGCUAGGUAACAAGGGCUGGUCAUGGGAUGCUCUAGCUCCUUAUUUCCAGAAGUCCGAGUCUUUCGUUGCCCCGACGAAACAGCAAAUCAGCGAUCUCCGCCUCGACUACCUGAAGCCGAGUGCCCACGGCACAAGUGGUCCCAUCGCCAAUCGAUUCCCUGCGACCUACAGUCCUCUCCUUCAGGCAUGGCCUCGAACCAUUGAGAACCUUGGUCUGGCUGUGAAGAGUGAUCCGCGGGAAGGCAAAGCUGUGGGUGGCUAUGUUAACCUACUCAACAUUGAUGGAGCUACGAGGAGCUACGCCGCCAAUGCAUACCUCGGCCCCGCACGCACGCGCUCCAACUUGAAAGUUAUCACGGAAGCUUUUGUAAGCAAAGUACUGCUCAGCAAGGGCCGGGAUGGGGUGACAGCUACCGGUGUUAAGUGGACCAAAGGAGGUGCCCAGUACGACGCAACUGCUUCGAAAGAGGUCAUCCUCGCGGCGGGCUCCAUUGCCACGCCGCAGCUCCUCGAAUUAUCUGGAGUCGGUGACCAGAAGCUCUUGAAACAGUAUGGCAUCGAUGUUCUUGUCGACAACCCUGCCGUCGGCGAGAACUUGCAGGACCAUGUCUAUGUUCCUCUCGGCUUUGCUACCAAGCCUGGAGUCCCGACCAACGAGGACUACGCCAACGGGACAUACUUCCAAGAGCAACUCGAUCUAUAUCUGCAGAACAAGACUGGCCGUCUGGCAUCCGCGGGUGCCAGCUCUGCUGUGCUUUCUCUAAAGCAGAUUGCCUCUACCCUGGACUUCAACUCUCCGUGGUUGAAGAGCAGUAGCCCUGCCCUUGUCGAACAGUAUCGUCUCAUCAUCCGCGAUCUGAAGUCUGAAGCAGUCGCGCAAGAACUCACCAUUGAGGGCGGCAUUUCACCUCAAUUCUCUGCGGAUUCGACAAAACUUUUCUCGGCCGGUUCAGCUGGAAAUUUCCUAUCCAUCCUCGGCGUCCUCGAACACCCGCUAUCAAGAGGCUCAAUUCAUAUCCAGUCCGCCGACGCUACAGUUUACCCCAAGAUUGACCCGCGCUAUCUCUCCAACCCGCUUGACGUUCAGCUCCUGAAGCUUAUUGCUCUCCACGUGCAGACCGUGGCGCAGACGAAGCCCUUGAGCGAUCUUCUCCAGGGCGACGGCACCGUCUUUCAGCCAGGCUACCAGAAGCUCACCUCGGAUAAUGUGGAGAGCUGGGUCCGCAGCAGCAUGCAGAGCGAGUACCAUCCUAUCGGUACUUGUGCGAUGCUUCCGCGAGCCAAAGGCGGAGUAGUUGAUGAAAAGUUGAGGGUCUACGGAGUCAAGAAGUUGCGCGUUGUUGACGCCAGCGUGUUUCCUCUUAUCCCUAGAGCCAACAUCCAGUCCUUGGUAUAUGCCGUAGCAGAAAGGGCUGCGGACUUCAUCAAGAGCUCUGCAUGA